GCCACUCGUACUUUUACCAUCGUUGUUACUAAUCUUCAGCGCGAGCUACUGAAUGCACACGCAAGAAAAAAUGUUCACGACUUGGUGAAUUGAACAUAGGCGGCUGUUGCUGGGUGUACAGUGACCGAGCUGCAGCUCAAACGGGGACGAUACACACUGAGUGGGGGGAGGACACACACACACACAGUCAGAGAGAGAGAGAGAGAGAGAGAGAGGGAGAGAGAGGAGCAACAGCAGUAGGAACAUGGCGGCGCCGCUCAGCUCUCGUGCUCUUCCCCCGAGUCCAAGGUCAGAGCCAGAGCUCACGCGCAGGAUUUAAGCGGAAACUAACUACUGCAACUCGAGCAUCUUAGAAAGUGAAGCUGACGAUGCCUAUAGAUUCCCGCCGCUGCAGGAAUGGCCUGAGUGUGUGUGUGGACUGAAACUGAGUUGCUGGUAUGCAUUAAAAUGAGCGGCAUAGGGGAAAACUCAUCUGACCCUGCUAGGGUCGAGCCUCAGAAACGCAAAGACUGCUCAUCAGAGCUCCUGGGUCCUAGCCCCAAGCGGAGCACGGAGAAGCGAAACCGCGAGCAGGAGAAUAAAUACAUCGAAGAACUCGCCGAGCUGAUCUUCGCCAACAUCAACGACAUCGACAACUUCAACGUCAAGCCUGACAAAUGUGCAAUCCUGAAAGAAACUGUGAAGCAGAUCCGUCAAAUAAAAGAGCAAGAGAAAGCAGCUGUGUGCAGCGAGGACGAGGUGCAGAAGGCCGAUGUCUCGUCCACAGGCCAAAGUGUUAUUGACAAAGAUGCCCUCGGACCAAUGAUGCUGGAGGCCUUGGAUGGCUUCUUCUUUGUGGUGAACAUGGAGGGGAACAUUGUGUUUGUGUCAGAAAAUGUGUCCCAGUACCUGCGCUACAAUCAGGAGGAGCUUAUGAACACAAGUGUUUACAGCAUUUUACACGUGGGAGACCACGCAGAGUUUAUUAAGAACCUGCUGCCUAAAUCACUCGUGAACGGCGUCCCGUGGUCGAGUGAGGGCUCCAGGAGGAACAGUCACUCGUUUACGUGCCGCAUGCUGGUGAACCCAGAGGAGGCGCAGGAGCAGGAGGCACAGAAAUAUGAAACCAUGCAGUGUUUCACUGUCUCCGAACCCAAAUCCAUUAAAGAGGAGGGAGAGGAUCUGCAGUCGUGUCUGAUCUGUGUAGCAAGGAGAGUACCUAUGAAGGAGCGACCGAUGCUCCCCACACACGAGAGCUUCACCACACGGCAAGAUCUCCAAGGGAAGAUCACGUCGUUGGACACCACUAUGUUACGAGCCUCUAUGAAGCCUGGUUGGGAAGACUUAGUAAGGAGAUGUAUCCAACGCUUUCAUCUACAGAACGAUGGAGAUAUUUCCUACGCCAAACGUCACCAGCAAGAAGUAUUGAGACAUGGCCAGGCGUUCAGUCCUAUCUAUCGGUUCUCCCUCUCUGACGGCACCAUCGUCUCGGCUCACACAAAGAGCAAACUUGUCCGCUCUCCAGCCACCAACGAGCCGCAGCUUUACAUGUCGUUACACAUUCUCCAGAGAGAGCCGACUGUAUGUGGCAUGGCACCUGACUUGGGCAAACCCAUAACCCCACUGACCACAAUGACCUCACCUAACCCGAUAAGUGGAAAUACUCAAGGUCAGGAGGGCGUCAUUAGUAGCAACACGCCUGCUUUCUCGUCCCCAGGAGCCCAUAAAGAUUUCCGUUUCGGCUGCCCAGGCACCGCUCAGAGCACUGGAUACCCACUGAAAAUGAGCAGCCCAUCGCAUCGCCCCAGUCCUGGGGUAACCAGCUCCCCCCGUUUACCCCCAGCCCAGUUUACCCCCACCAAUCCUCUCCAUUCACCUGCAGGUAUGUGCCCAGGCAACAGCAGUAAUCAAGUGUUCACUAGCAGUUCCCUUAACGCCCUUCAGGCUCUCAGCGAGUGCCAGUCCAUUUCCCUGAGCCAUUCUAUGGGGUCACCUGAUUCCAAAAAAUUAGAAUCACCAGCUUCAGGAGGAGUUGCUUCUCAAGCAUUGCCUAAAAUUGAGUCAUUCGGGGAGCCUGAGCAAAGUGGAAAUGGGCAUGACGGCCAUGAAAGCGACAGCACCGGGCAUCAAAGGGAUGAAAAAGGCAACCUGGGUCAGUUCAACAGCCAGGACGAAAAUAAGAUCCACGAAAGCAAAGGGCAUACGAAGCUCCUCCAGCUUCUCACUACUAAAAACGAGAAUAUGGAGUCGUCCUCCUCGCCUUCACCAGCGCCCGAGAAAGAACUGAUGAUUGGGCUUCAACCGGGCACAUCAGGAGCCAGCGCUACGUCCUUAAAGGAGAAGCACAAAAUCCUUCACCGGCUCCUGCAGAACAGCACAUCGCCGGUGGACCUGGCAAAGAUCACGGCCGAGGCCACAGGGAAAGAACCGAGCCAUGACGGCUCCAACGUGGCCGACAUCAUCAAACAGGAAGCCGUGAGUCCGAAAAAAAAGGACAACGCCCUUCUGCGCUACCUGCUGGACAAUGAUGAGAACACGAUUAAGGACAAGGCAAUAAAGACCGAGAGCGGAGAGAUAAAGGCGGAGGUGAAUAACAUGGUCACUGUGAAGAAGGAGAAACCGGACGGAGGAUACGAAGCGGCACAGCAGUCCAGCGAGCUGGACGAUAUCCUGGACGACUUGCAGAACAGUCAGCCGGGUUUUUUCUCCGAAGCUCGUCCCAUGUCACUGCCAGCUGCCGUCGAUAAGCAGGCAAUCAUCAAUGACAUUCUGCAGAUUACAGGAGAAGGCGGGGUACAACCCAGAACAGUACAGAAUUUCAGUGGCCCGAGGCCUCCGGGUCGAGUUCCUCCCAUGCGGAGCAUGUCUUUGGACAUGAACGCCUCAGCCAAAGGUUCACCGGGUCAGUUUCCAGUUCUGAGGAACACCACUCCAUAUUCCCUCAUCCAGCAGCAGCAGCAAGGCAUGACCAGCCAGGCCAACAUGGGUGAUGUUUGGGCAUCUCAGGGUGUGAGCGGUUCCUCCCCUCAGGGGGCGAUGCAGGGGCGCAUGGUGCAAACCACAGGCAUGCAGAUCAGAGCCAGCGGCCAACCGGGAGUCAGACCCAUGCUGCAGGCCCAGAUGAUGUCCAGUGCCCAGUCUAUGGAAAUGGACAUGAGUCUAGCAGGCCCUACAUUUCCACAGCAACAGGCUCCGCCCAAUCAGACAGCUCCACCCAAUCAGACAGCUCCAUGGCCUGACAGCAUGAUGCCCAUUGAGCAGGUGGCGUUUGGAGAUCCAAACAGGUCCCUGUAUGGUACACCCCAGGAUGAUGUGCUGUGUGCAGCUGAAGGACCUGCUGAUGAAGGUGCUUUACUUAAUCAGCUCUACACUGCCCUCAAAGACUUUGAUGGUCUGGAGGAGAUUGACCGAGCUCUGGGCAUUCCAGCGCUUGUGGGACAGGCGCCGUCAUUAGAACCAGAAAUGUUCCCGGGUCAGGAUCAAAGCCUGCUGAUGGACCAGAAGCCCAUUUACCCUCAACAGCAGUAUGCUGCUCCACCUUCCCAUAACCCAGCAGGAGGCUUCGCUCCGAUGCAGGACGCCGGGUACCACGGCAUCGGGGCAGUUGGAGGGCAAAGGCCAGGAUUUCCCAUGAUCCGCAUGCAGCCCAGACCAGGUCUCCGGCCACCCGGGAGUGUCCCAAAUCAACCUAACACACUCAGACUGCAGCUGCAGCACAGAUUACAAGCACAGCAGAAUCGCCAGCCUAUGAUGAAUCAGAUGACUGGAGUGUCAAACAUGAACCUACCUCUAAGACCCAAUGUUCCGAAUCAGGGGACCAUUAACGCUCAGAUGCUUGCGCAGCGUCAGAGGGAGCUGCUCAGUAAUCAUUUGCGUCAGAGGCAACGCAGCUUGAGCAUGCGACCUCAGGGCCUCAACGUGCCAUCCAACAUGGCCGCCGGCACCAUGGGCGGAGCCCAGAUCGCCCAUGGCAACCCUACACACUUUCCCUACACGCCCAACUAUGGAAUAACUCAGCAGCCUGACGGCGGGUUCGGAGGUGCAGCGACCCCUCAGAGUCCCCUUGUGUCCCCUAGAAUGGGUCACCCCCAAAGCCCCAUGAUGCAGCAGGGUAAUGCCACAUUUCAGUCGUCUCCAGAGAUGAACGGCUGGACGCAGGGCAACAUGAACACCAACAGUAUGUACACUCAGCAGGCCAGCAGCGCUGUGUAUAACAGUAACGGCAUGAGCAUGAAUGUGCCCAUGACUCCCAACACCAACAGCAUGAGCAGCAUUGGUCAGAUGGGCACGGAGCAGCCAAAGUAUUGUUGACCAUAAGUGGACGAAGCGUGAUUUCCACCAGCACGGGCCAAGAGCAAGUCCUGUGCCCUUCAGAGGGUCCCUACGCAUCCCCAGAGCCCUACAACUCCACUGUCCCCUGCUGGAGGGAGAUCAUACACACACACACACACACACACACACACACACACACACACACACAAGAUUUGUUAUUUUGGAACUUUACUGGCCUCCAUUCAAAUCUAUGGAUCCUACACACACACACAAGGCAAAGUCCAUUUGUUGUAUAUGUAUAAAACCGCAUUCACCGUAGUGUGACUUAGCGUGACUCUCCUAUAAACGGUGGCAUCAGGAUCCUGUGAAUGUAUUCUCUCUCUCUCUCUCUCUCUCUCUCUCUCAGUGAACCCAAUCCACACACACACACACACACUUCUAUCCUCCUACUGUUCUGUCCCAUAGUCCAACAAAAAUACCACGGCUGCGCCCGGCGUUGAGCCGCUUUUGCCUUUUCUUUUCUUUCUUUUUUUUUUAUUAUUAUUUUCCUCGAGAAUGAGAGUGACUUUAAAGAUUAAAACUCUGCACAGAUCUAAAUGUUUUGCAGGCAGCAUAACGAUUUGUGCAAUCAGAUAUUAUUCUAUCCGGUGUGUCAAAGGAACAGUUUUUCAGCCAGGAAUAAAAAUGUACACAGUUUUUACUCCCGAAUGCAGUUCCAUCAGACGAGACAUGUUUUGUGUACACAGUUUACUUGUUUAGUCUGGAGUUCCGAGACAAAAACGUAGCUUUAACAAGUAAGGAAAGUUUAUCUCGUAACUUUUAAUUUUUAAAUAAACGAUUUUGCGUGAAAGCUCGCGAUAGUUUGUAGUUACAAAUUUAUAUUCAUAUUUAUGUAUCCAAAGAAAGCGUUAUCAAAAGAACCCCCACCCCACCCCCCCACCCCCGAGUAGCAUUUAUGUUUAAAUUCCUACGACUCGAAAGGUUGCAGCAAAGUUGUAGAAAUGUUAUGGAAUGUUACUGAAGAACUGGAUGUACUUUGAGGCACAUAUUUGCAGAACAGAUUCAGCGUGAAAUGGACAGGCAUUACUUAAUAGCAACGCAAACCCUGGAGCUCUGGUAUCUAAAACGAAAGAAACCAACCUAUUAGACAAAACGUGUCUUGGCUGAUCAACUGCGUUUGAUAUGGUGGUGACAUUAUGUACAUUAAAAGGUGUUUUUUUUGUGAUAAAGAUCUUUUAAAUUUAAUUCUAUUCUCAUGUAUAGUGUUUAUUUUUUUUUUUUUUUUGGUUUCUUUUCUUUUCGGAAAAAUGUAGAUAUCUGUAAUGAGCUAGCGAUGAGAAGAAAUCCUGGAAUGAUGCAGUGAACUUCGCAUUUGCUUCUUCAGCUGUAUCACUUACUAUUUAUAAUUAAGAACGUUUUGGAAUUUUGUUCCUGUAGUUUCAGAGCAGAUCAUGGAUUUUUAUUAUUUUCUUUCUUUCUUUUUUUUUUUGUGCUUAGCUGAUAGAUUGUACAUACCGAUAAUUAAAAAAAAAAAAAAAAAGAUAUAUAUUUAUUUUGGAUUUUCAGCUCUUCCGUUUUUCCCCUCCAGCCUGGUCUUAACUGCUUCUUGAAUGUUUUCACGUGUGUAAAUUUCAGAGUGUGUGAUUUUAUUUUAUUUUUUUUUUUCAUUUUUAUUAUUUUUAUUUAAAAAAAAAAAAAAGAUUAGGGCUGGGCGAUAUGGGCAAGACAUCAUAUCAUGAUACACUUUCACAAUGUCUGAGAAAUUAUGGUUUGCUAAUUAAAGGUAAAGCUAAAAAUAAAUAAAUAAGUGGAAAAUUAGCAGCAAAAAAUAAUAAUAAUUCAAUUCAUAAAUGUUUUGAAAGAGUAUUAUUUUCUAAAUCUAGUGGCUAAACAGGAUUUCACCUCAAAUUUGUGUUCCAUGUGUUAUUCCUGCUGUUCAUAACAUUUUUGGCGAAGAUUAUUAGAAUUUUUUUAUUUUUUAAUUAUUAUUAUUAUUAUUAUUAUUUUUUUAAAUAAACAGGAUCAAGAAAAGAAAAUUACAGGAUUUCAUAGGCCUCUACUCACUCAGUGUCAUGAAAGCAUUAUCACAUUGUGGUAUCGCUCGGCCCUACCUAUGGUACUGAAGCAGAUGAAGCGGGUUAUUUUAGACUGUGUGUGUGUGUGUGUGUGUGCAAGAGCUCGCCGUGUGUACGGUGUACAGCUAAUUGCUUUGCUUCUCAGCCUUUUAGAAUUUAAAAACCCCAACACAGCCAUAAACACAGCACUGAUGUGUUGCUUUUGUCUGUCGUGUUCCAAAAAGACGAGCAAUAACUUGGUAAACGUUUGCUUUGUUCGUUUUGUAAUUUUGUACAAAAUUUUGCUCUCCCAGUUUUUGGACCCAGUAUUAAGGAUAAACGUUUUUUAUUGUGGUUUAUAUUUUUUGGGCGGGGGGAAGAAAUACUACUAAUAAUGUUUCAAAUCUGUACGUUCCUCAGUGAUAAACCGGUGUUGGUGGGGCAGCGCUGGACUUCGGGGUGGCUAUUCUGACCAACAGGGUCUGCAGAUCAUAGAGUCGAGUCCUUAGAUGUAAUAUAAGAGCGGACCUUAGUGGGUGUCUUCUGAGGCUGACCGAUGGGAACGUCAAAUUACAGAACAGUCGUUGGCAUUCAUAUAUGCACAUGUAUUUACACACAGGAUUUGUGACAGGGUUUCAAAAAUGUUGCUAAUAAUCACUGUACAUGCUAGCCAGUUAGCUAACAUAAAUUGGCCUAACAGGAUUUUAAGUCAUAUUCAUAAAUGUUGGUAAUAAUCACUCUAAAUGCUAGCCAGACAGCUAACAUAAAUUGGCCUGACAGGAAUUUAUUCCUAAAUGUUGCUAAUAAUCACUGUACAUGUUAGCCAGUUAGCUAACAUAAAUUGACCUGACGGUAUUUUAUUCCGAAAUGUUGCUAAUAAUCACUGUACAUGUUAGCCAGUUAGCUAGCCAGUUAGCUAACAUAAAUUGACCUGACAGGAUUUUAUUCCUAAAUGUUGCUAAUAAUCACUGUGCAUGUUAGCCAGUUAGCUAACAUAAAUUGACCUGACGGGAUUUGUGACAGGAUUUUUAUUCCGAAAUGUUGCUAAUAAUCACUGUACAUGUUAGCCAGUUAGCUAGCCAGUUAGCUAACAUAAAUUGACCUGACAGGAUUUUAUUCCUAAAUGUUGCUAAUAAUCACUGUACAUGCUAGCCAGACAGCUAACAUAAAUUGACCUGACAGGAUUUUAUUCCUAAAUGUUGCUAAUAAUCACUCUACAUGCUACCCAGAAAGCUAACAUAAACUGGCUUGAAAGGAUUUGUGACAGGAUUUUUUUGUCACAUUCAUAAAUGUUGACGAUAAUCACUGUAUAUUCUAGCCAGUUAGCUAACAUAAAUUGGCCUGACAGGAUUUUAUUCCUCAGUGUUUUAUGUUUUGUUCCAUAAAUUGGUCUGACAGGAUGUUAAGUCAUGUUCAUAAAAGUUGAUGAUAAUCACUGUACAUGCUAGUCAGUUAGCUUACGUAACUCAACCUAAUGGAAUUUCUAACAGGGUUUUUGGUUUCAGAUUAUCAUAUACAAGCUCUAUGUUAGUCAACUAGCUAGCAUGGACUACUUUUGAGGAUCUGGUGCUAAUCAGAAAUGUUUUUUAUAUUAGAUAUCUUUCAUAAUUGUGAGCUCGGUUGUUUUUGGCCGAGUUAAAGCCUCUCCCUAUCAAAUACACCAUAAAAAUAGCAAUCUUGUAAGGUCAUUUAGUCUGGCCAUGGUUUUCUGUAUCCUUCUCAGGGAAAGGCGAGUCCCAUGAUUCUGUUUAAGGUGAAAAUGUGAACAAUAUGGCAGUACACAAAUCUCUCUUUUCCCUUUACGUACACUACUGUUUUGUGGUUUCAGAUAACAUUCGGACAUCACUCUGUUUGGAAGUCCAGCGCUGUUGUCCUGCAGUGACACUUGGUCGGGGGUAGCCACUUACUGAAUCCAAAGAUCGUCGCCAUUUUAAAUGGGUGUAUAAGCCAUGAGGUGGAGGCGCUGUGGGGGUUUUUUAAACGCGUUUUUAUCAGCCACUUUACACCGACACCUGUAGGGUUUUUUUUUUCUGUUGUGAGUGUCAUUGUGCUCUGUAGUCGGCCAGUAGCAUAGUGCUAACUGCAGGAAGCUAAGAUGCUAAACGCUAUCUAUAUGUUGCCUUAGACCUUAAUGUUGCAUACAGAAGAGAGCUUUGUGUUACAUCUGUACAGUCCGUCACUAUUAUGAGCUCACCACUCUUCCCACUCACUUUACUCAACUGGGUCUUUCCUUGUCCAUUCGAUGAGGUGGUGUACUCAAGAGGUGUGUUUUUGUUUUUGUACUUUUAAUGUGUAUGCUUUACCUGGAAAGUCUACCUUAUUUCAAGCUUUGAAAGGUGAUUCCAAUUAUGUACCUUAAUAUUUUUUAAAGGUACACAUUGAUGGUAUUCAGGUUAAAGAUCUAUAUUAAAGGUUCAAAAAUAAAGUGUAGCACCUCAACAACACAGAAAGAUCCAGUUUAUUCUUCUCUCUCUCUCUCUCUCUCUGUUUCUGUCUCUCUCUCUGUUUCUGUCUCUCACUCUCUCUCUCUCUCUCUCACACACACACACACUUUGUCUCUCUCUUUCUCUCUCUCUCUCUCUCUCUCUCUCUCUCUCACUCACACACACACACACACACACACUUUGUCUCUCUCUUUCUCUCUCUCUCUCCCUCUCUCACUCACACACACACACACACACACACACUUUGUCUCUCUCUUUCUCUCUCUCUCUCUCUCUCUCUCUCUCUCACUCACACACACACACACACACUUUGUCUCUCUCUUUCUCUCUCUCUCUCUCUCUCACUCACACACACACACACACACACACACUUUGUCUCUCUUUCUCUCUCUUUCUCUCUCUCUCUCCAAUUCAUGUUUGUUUUUUCGUGAUCAGCUGUGGAUUUAUUAUUAUUUGUACAGUUCUGAUUUCACCUAUUCAGUGAUGAUGAUGAUGAUGAUGAUGAUGAUGCAACGGGAAAUCGAAGCAAUAUGUAAUUUAUGGACCUUUCAGUAAAGCCGACAGUGUUGCGCGUUAUGAAAUGUAUUAUUAUUAUUAUUAUUAUUAUUAUUAUUAUUAUUAUUAUUAUUAUUUUGUGUCUCCGUGCACAUUGAGAGCUCAUCUGUUCACGCGCCUCGGUAUUUCUGAUAUUUAGUGUGUGAGCGUUUUAUGCAAAACUUCUUUAAAUAAAUAAAUAAAUACAAAAAAAGGUUAUGCAAGUUGGCAAACUAAUGCGGCUUCGCGGAUGCUGUUUGAUGUUUGGAAAUAAUAAUAAAUUACUGUUGUAAAUAAAGAAUUCUGUUUAAAAACCAAA